AUGAUCGCCACUGGAGGUCUGUUGAGGAUCUCUGCACGGAAACAGGAUCCUCUCAGAGCAAAAAGCCAACCUCCAAAACGCAAGCGAAGAGCAAAAAAGCGCAAAAAUGAUGUGGUGGUAGUGAAAGGCAAACUUAAACUAUGUUCUAUUUCUGGGUUAAUUGCGCUAUGUGGAAUUUUAGUACUUCUUGUUGGAAUUGCUAUGGCUGUUAUGGGAUAUUGGCCAAAAAGUAAUUCUGUUUAUCAUGGAGGUCUAGGGACAAAUAAAGCCAAAUUUUCUUCAGGGGAUACAAAUAUAAGUAGUGCUAAUAGAAACCUAUCCAGGAGCCAUCACAACAGUCAAGGAGCUAAAACCUUCAAAGUUAAUGACACAAACUUAAGAAGCCGUCAGCAAAAAACAUCUUCUGGGUCCUCUGGGUUUCUUUCAGGUCUGUUUUCUGGAUACUUACACUCGGAUAAUCUUAAAGUCUUUGGUCCUCUAAUAAUGGGCAUUGGAAUAUUUCUAUUUAUUUGUGCAAAUGCAGUUCUUCAUGAAAACAGAGACAAGAAAACUAAGAUUAUCAACCUGAGGGAUCUUUAUUCUACAGUGAUUGAUGUCCAUGGCAUGAAAUGUAAGGAUGGAGCUCCUCUGAAUGGAUUUGUAAAUUAUGUGCAGUCUCAAAGCGUGGAUGGGAAGGGUGGAGACACUUUGGGGGCUUCAAUGUUAGCCAAGAGCUCUUGGCACUCUGCUCUUGGUGGUACAAUUUCAUUCUCUCCUCCAAAUCCUAGGGAAACAAGGACGUCUUCUCCAAAAGCACAUCGUCAUGGAGAAGAGGACUCCAAGAUGAAUGAGGCAGUAUACAGUAUUUACAGGGAGAGGUCAAACUCUGCUUUGCCAUUCGACAGAAUUUCUGGGAGGAUGCAUGAAAAUGAUUCUCCUUCAGGAUCACCUGAUUUGAGGUGGGAUACAAACAGCACAAGUUCCAUUGUUGGUCAUUCCCUUAGUGCAUUUACAUUGCCCAUUGUGAAGUUAGGUAGCUGUCUUUUGGAGAAGAAGGAAGAACAUGGGGAAGGUAAAAGUGCCAAAGAAGUACAGAAGGGAGAGAUUGAAUUGAGUUUGAAAAAUUUUAGCCAUGUAGACUUAAAUUGGGAAAUUCCCAAAACCCAUAGAAAACUACCCUUAAGACGCCAGAGCACAAGCUGUCUGCCAGACUUCAGGAGACCUAUGUCCCCUAUUCCACUGUCAAACUUAGGUAGCCAGUCUUUAAGUAGCACAGAUUUAGACUGUAGCCUUUUGGUGAGAGCCUCUCCAUUUGGCAAAACAAAACCUGCAGUUCUUGUGGAUUGUCUUACAGCAGCACCAUUAAUAAGAAGACAUUCACAGAGCUCAGGCUCUGAACAAUCAAGCAAUAAGGGCUAUAUUCAUCUGGAGGAGGCAGGAACCUCCUUUGAGUCUAUAGAGACCUCAGCCAACAUAACCCAGGAGGACUAUGAGGAUACCAAGACAAUAGGCAUAGACAUUCCCCUGGAAGAUACCAGCACAGAACAUGUAAUGCAUCUUCAGAAGCAGUACACUAAUAAAGAAAAAUUGUUGAUGCUCUCCAGGUCUCAUGCUAAGUCUGAAGAAGAUGAUCUAGAUAAUACAAGUAUUUAA